AUGAGGGAGUACUAGCCACCCUCUCAGUUAUAGACCCCUAACAUGAAGCUGCUCUAUUUUGGGGGGCUCAUUUUUGCCUUGGAAAUGUGGGGUACCUCAGGAUUACUCAUCUUGGAGGAUUGCAAGAGCUUAGUCCCUAACCUGCUUCCUGACCUUACAGACCAGGUUCUGAGAGGCUUGCCGAAGCUACCCUGGACUGUGAAUAUCUCUGAGGCACAGGAACCUGGCUCGGUCAUCUACGUGUUCUCUUUCAACUGCUCCUGCCCAGCCACCGUAGAGCUCGACAGCGUGAAGCCCCCCAGCUCCUUCUUUAACCAGCCCAGUACAUAUAGAUAUCACCUACGGCAUUUUGUAGAGAUGACCUUAAGCAGUGCGGCCAGGCUGGAUGCCCGGCGGGUAAACCACUACCAACUCAAUCUGAAGCUUACGUGUUUGGGAAAAACUUGGAAUUUGCUCCUGUCUGUUGAGGUGUUUAAGGUCCAUGGUCACCCCAUUUGUCUGGGCCGCUUUGCCAGCACAGCUGGGGACAAGGUGCAGGUUCUGGAGACUGUGGAACCCCAAUCGCCAAUCUACGUGGUGCUGCUCCGCAGAGGUCUGACCAGUGUCAAGAUGGCGAUCACAAGCGCCCAGGACACGCGAGACUUCUCUAUUAAUGAGCUGGGGCAGGUGCUAACCCCCAGCCAGGGCCUCAUUGGUAGUGCCCACAAGCACUUCCGGCUGAAGAUCAUGGUCGCUGAUGGACAAGGCAAGAGUUGCCAAGGGACCCUGACAGUGGAGGUUCUGCCCAAUCCCUCCAACAAGGUCUCCUUUGGGAUUCAAUUCCAGACCUUCAACAUCUCUGAAGACCUAGAAGCUGGCAAAGUGGUUGGCCAGGUCCGAGCCAAUGGCGACCGUGUUCGAUAUGAGAUCAUUGAGCCUAUCCCCUGCCCCUUAUACUCCAUCAGUUCUGGGAAUGGACAGAUACAGACCACAGCUCCUUUCGAUCUGGUGCGGAGCCCUGGGGCUGUGGUCACAGAGUUACAAGUGAAGGCAUAUGAUCCAUUUCAGCCCUCGAUUAGUGACCAGCUCAGUGUCACCAUCAAUGUGCAGCCCAUCAACACCUGGGCCCCUCGCUGCACCCCUGCUUUGCUAGUCAAACAAGUCCCAGAGACCAUUCCCGUGGGCAGCAUCCUGAUGACUCUGGCCUGCUCUGACCCAGACUCCAGCAGCAGCACCUUUCAUUAUCAGCUCUGGCACCACAAUGAGACCAAGUCAAGCCACAGCUUCCGCCUGCAGGGUCCGGUCCUUCAGGUGAACAGUACACUAGACUAUGACUCGUCUGCACCCAACGUCCAGUACAGGGCCACCAUCCUGGUGACUGACAGUGGCCAGCCCCCCCAAACCAGCAAAGUGCCAGUGCUGGUGACAGUGACACCAGUGAAUGAGUAUUCUCCGAUCUGUCCUGCUCACACAUUCCUGGUCAGAGAAGAUGCUCCUCAUGGUACACUGGUUGGCACCGUCCUUGGCUCAGACCGUGACUAUCCACUCAACAGCAUUGACUACCACAUUUCAGACUCAUCAGCCAACUUCUACAUUGACCCUCGCAGUGGCAAACUCCAUCUUCUGGCAUCACUGGACUAUGAAAAACAGAAGACAUAUAUGCUGGUGAUCUUUCUAACUGAUCGAGACCAGGACCAGAAUCCUACACAACACAAAUCUGGUUCCUGCACCAUCACCAUUGAGGUUCAGAAUGUGAAUGACCAUGUCCCAGAAUGUGAACCCCCAUUCCAAGAGCUCACCAUCUCUUCUGCCCCAAGCAUCAAUGCAGAGGUGACAAGGUUGACGUGCUCUGACAGGGACAUGCCAGAGCAAGCCCCAGCAGCAUUCUCUUUCACCAUUGUUGGAGGAAACAGCAAUGGAAGGUUCUACAUGAGGGACAAUAUUCUACUCCACAACGUCUUUUCCUUCCAGCCUGAUAGGCUCUUGGACCCCCACACUUACGAGCUCCUGGUCCGAGUGGCUGACAAAGGACCUACUCUUCCCCUCUUCAGUACCACAGCCAUCGUCAUUGUUCAUGUGAUUCCCUGGAUGGCUACCAUGCCCACCACCAGCACAAAGCCCCGGAUGAUUUCCUCACCCACACCCUUGCUAGUGACUAGAAUUGAGGACUACUGGGCUCCAGAAGCUUGGUUUGUGGUUGUGUUAACAGUGACUGGAGUUCUUCUAUUCACUGUCUUGGGCUGGCUCCUUUGCACAUGGCCUGGAAGGAUGGCUCUAAGCCAGCAAACACAUGGACCAUCCUCCCAGACUCUGUUGUUAGACAGCACCAGGAGAAAUGAAAAUUCUGCUGGUGAGCUAAGAAAAAAGAAGAAUGAAGAAGCUAGCAGCAACCUAAAUCUGGUACUGCUAAGCCUGUUCCAAUCAAUGGGGUUUGAGAGGAAGGGAAGUGGCAGCAGUUUGAUGGCAGAGCCCAGGACCCUGUUACAGGCAGAGAUUACCUCUUCAGCAGCAGCACAGGAGCACGGCGUUGGCUCUGAGACCAAUCUGAACAGCACGGGCAAGAGCUGUUUUAAGAAAUUAGUAGCUGUACUUUUUUGGAAAUGGGUGAGAUACAUAAAAGGGAUCCAGGCUGACUCAUUUCCCUGCUGGUGUCAUACGCUGCUGACUCCCUACUUCCCCCCAGCCCCUCCCUUCCUCUUCUCCUAUCACCACAGACCCUAA